UUUUAUGUUCCCUUAGACCACCAUCUUCUCUAUUUAUAACCCGGCUGGAAGCUCCGUUUUUGUUUAAUAUUCAAGCCACUCUAUCACGAGUCCUUCUCUUUCGUGGGGUGUGUCAGUGUGCGUGGAUAUUAUGAAUCUUGUCUAACCAGCAACAUUCAUCAUAUCAAAUCAUCAAACCCACCACCUGACCUCUGUUUAACACAGCUCUGAGCCAUUUAUUAUGGCUACUCACCUGGGAAACGUGGAUCACUCGCUGCCAUUUUAUCAGUUUCACCACUGUGAUGAUACUUCACUCUCACUCUCUGCCUCACCAAACAACAUACCCAUCACUACAACCACUAGUUGGUCUUCCUUCGCUUCAUCUGAGUCUGUUUUAAGUUCGCCAGUUGCGUCAGAAGUGGGUUCGACGGAGACAGAAAGCCACCCGGACGACGAUUUCAUGGCCGAGUUGACUCGUCAAAUGACUCACUUCAUGUUUCAGGAUGAUGAUAAACUGGAAAAGUCUUGGCUCUCGGAUUGCUCGCCGCAAUCAACGCAUUGGUCAUCAUUAGGCAUGGACCACGAGAGGCAAAUAGAUCCAUCUCGAGAACCGGCACCCCCAGGUCCAGGACCAAUCGGGAUAGAGGAGUUUGAGAAGAUGAAAAUGAAUUGUGGAGUCCCCUUAACCAUGAGCAUGAGGAACGAUGAGUUUCACUCUAAACAAGCUCUUAUAGAUGAGCAAAUACGAGCUAUUCAAUUCUUCAAGCUCAGACAAGAGCAGCUUAUGAAGCAACUUGAGUACCAAAAACAGCUUAAGGCUUGCCAAAACAAAGCGAGAGCUUAUAGUGGAUAUAACAAUAUUGGACAAAGGACUGUUCGCCCUCCGACUUCACCUUCUGUUAGCCCAUGGUCUAACAUGCAACAGAGCAACCAACAACCCAGUUCGGGUAUGAGAGCGGUGUUCCUCGGUGAGCCGGGUUCAAAAUCUGGGUCGGGUGGGACUGGUGUCUUUUUGCCAAAAGGAAUCGGCAACCCAUCCGAAUCACGGAAGAAGCCAGGUUGUUCUACAGUUCUUAUACCAGCAAGAGUGGUACAGGCUCUAAAACAGCAUUUUGACAAAGUGGGUGUCCCAAAUGCAUCAAGAUUCAACAUAUGGUCCCCGCCAGCCAUGAAUCAUCAAGAUAUGGGUCUACCUCCAGAACGCACUUGUCGACAGCCCAGCCAGCAAGAGGUGUUCGAGUUCAAGACGGGUUUGAAGGAAAAAUAGACAUUGGCCUAAUAUAGGGAAUCUGGUACAGGAGACUAGGACAAAUAAAGAUGAAGGGAAUAUUUUUCUUUCUUUUUUUGUUUUUGGAGGAAGGCCAAAAUUAGUUUGAAAAUAAGAAUAAAGGUUUCUGAACCGAAAGAGAUGGAAACGGGCUUUGCUCCUUGUUCUGGCUUAUGUAGCUCAAUAAAUUUUUGCAGUUGUCAGCAAUGCAAACGUAAUUGAUUUCA